GAAGUGCACACACCCCUCACAGAUCCGGUCUCUUUCGUUUUCAUUUCCCGGAAGGAUUCUUAAUAUUGCAGGCGAUCCGCAUAAGAAUAAACUCAGCUUUGCUAAACUACGUUUUUAUGCCACUGUAAAUGCUUUCUUACGUGCUGUAGCCUAUAUGUCAACCAGUUACUAAUCAGCGAACAUUUUGAAGAGUCUCAUAUUGAAAUUGAAUAACAUGAGUGACGCUUCCUCACUGCCACCUUUGAAGAAGAGCUUUAAUGGGAACGGACCUCCAGUUCUGUCUGAUCCUCAGAGUGCCCUUCCCUCCCCAAAUGAAGCUGAUUCUGACGAACUCUGCAAGCUACCUGGAAGACUGCGGAUAAAUCCCUCGCUGUGGAAUAAAGAGGAUGUGAAUCUCUGGCUGCGCUGGGCCCAUAGGGAGUAUUCUUUACGGCGUCCUGAUCACCAAGCAUUCGAGAUGAAUGGAAAAGCACUUUGCCUUCUCACCAAAGAAGACUUUCGUCUGCGCUGUCCCAGCUCUGGUGAUGUCCUGUAUGAACUUCUUCAACACGUAAAGCAGCAGAGAAGAUGUGCCAUCUUCAGCCCUCCGUCCAACUGCAACACACAGUCGCAACAGAUGCUCGGCUCACCUGGGACGGCAGCUCCCUGCACUGUCCCUGUUUGUCCUGUGAAUCCAAACUCUGGCGUAUUAGCAGCUGGCUGGAACACAAAUCUCAGCCAGGAGAGGACAAGAUUAUCUCUUAACAGUGGACAUCUACAGGACAUACAAACAGGACUUUCUCAUCAUUCUCUUAAGGAAACUAUGCAGCAGAGGCCUACACACAAUGUAAGAAAACCCCCAGAUCAUUUUUGUAAAGAUGGACCACUCAAUCUGUCAAAUAAACCGGAAAGAACCGGACACAAUGCACACACAUCUGAAGCAAAUGGAAAGAUUGCAGACUGUAAACUCUUAUGGGACUACGUGUACCACCUACUGUCAGACAGUAGGUAUGAGGCCUACAUACGCUGGGAGGACCCUAAGACCAUGACCUUCAGAGUGGUGGAUCCCAAUGGACUAGCACGGCUCUGGGGAAACCACAAGAACAGGGUCAACAUGACAUAUGAGAAAAUGUCUAGAGCACUGCGUCAUUACUACAAACUCAACAUUAUCAAAAAAGAGACAGGGCAGCGAUUACUCUUCCGGUUUCUCAAGACACCUGAUGAAAUAAUGCAAAGCAGGUCAUAUCGUGCAGAACCUUCAGAGUCUCCUGACAGUCCUGCCUCUCCUGACAACAGAGAAGAUGUUCUAGAAGUAUCGCCCGAAUCGUCCCCCACCUCCUUGAGCCCCUGCUCUGAACACAACUUCAGCAUAUCACCACUCCCGUGAAAAAUACCACCACAUUCUGAUUUAACAUGAGCUUUUAGAAUGGUUCACAAUGAACUCUGAUCUUCCAUCAGUGUGAAUAUUAGUUAUUACUGUAGGGGUAAGACAUCAGGGGCUGCUUAACUUUAGAGCCACAUCACUCUUUUUUAAUUUAGAGUAGCAGCAUGCAAUUCUUCUCUGGUUUAGCAGUGGGGGUUAGGAGAAAAGCUACCGUAAACAACACUAAUUUUUCAAUACAAGCAAUUAUGAUACAGGUUCUAUUAUCUUUUGAUGAUUUUGAUUUUUUUUAAGUUGACAUUUUUGGAAAUACUCUCUCAGGUUGUAACUUAGUAGCAUUAUGUUUCUUUUUGUGUAUUAAGUAAAUAAUUAAUGGUAUUCAUUUGUCAUUAAUCUGUAUAUUUAAAUCAGUUAAUGUGAUAAUUAAAGGGGUCAAAUAACAUGGCUAAAACGAAGAUUAUGGUUUGUUUUAGAUGUAAUGCAAUGUGUGUACACGAUGUAAGGUUCAAAAAUGCUGUAUUUUCCACAUACCGUGCAUGUUUGUAUCUCCUCUUUGCCCCGCCUCUCUGAAACGCGCAGAUCUUUUACAAAGCUCAUGGCUCUGAAAAGCGAGGUGUGCUAUGAUUGGCCAGUUAACCAGUGCGUAGUGAUUGGUCGAACAUUGCAAGCGUGUGACGGAAAUGUAACGCCUCUUACCAUAUUUGGAACAUCAGGUUCCUCUUCAAUUGUACUGACAGGUACGCCCACCUUACUUGUGUAUACAUUUGGGUGGUCUUAGUCAAAUCAUACCACCAGCUGACCUAGAUUUGUGGGGGUGUGGUUACACGAGGCAUUUCAGGCAGGUCUGGUUGAGCAUUCGCUUUAGAUAGAAUGCAUCUUUUGUUCCAACACUUUCAUUUUGCAAUUUUAGUGUCUAAUACAUGCAUGGGCAACUUAUAACACACCAGAGACACAGAAAACACGUAUUCGCGCCAUAUGACCCCUUUAACUGAAACUGACAAAUAAAGCGAAAUAUACAUAUUUUUAUGUAAGAUAUAUCAUAAAAGGCAUAAAAUGAUUAAACAUAAAAUCAUAUUGAUUCUCAUCAAGUCAUAUAUUUCACAACAAAGUUUAAUAUUCAGGGUUAGGGGGUUGUUGUUUAGUGAUUGUCCCAGGCAGAAACAACACCCAUAUUGAGUUAAACCAGAACAAGUAAAUUUGAACCUUUACAUUUUAAUCAGUUCAUCUUGUGAAUUUUUACUUCAAAAAAUAUAUAUGCUAAUUAAUAUUUAUUAUAAAAUGUGGAGAUUCAAUUAUAUGUUGGUGUGAAAGUGGGAAUGGAUGCAACUGUUUUUAUGUAUUCAGCCAUACACAGCAAAAGAAUUAAAACAUAUU